CUGUUCAGUAAAUCUGACUGACGGAACCGAACAUGCAUAGUAGUAGAAACAUUAGCGAACAGCUGAAACAAUGGCGCCACUGGACCUGGGUAAAUACGCGGAGAUUGCCAAGCAGUGUAAAUAUUUACCUGAAAACGACCUCAAGAGGUUAUGUGAUUAUGUAUGUGACCUAUUGCUGGAGGAAUCCAAUGUCCAGCCUGUGUCCACCCCUGUGACUGUGUGUGGAGAUAUACAUGGACAGUUUUAUGAUCUGUGUGAACUCUUCAGAACCGGAGGACAGGUCCCAGACACAAACUAUAUUUUCAUGGGUGACUUUGUUGACCGGGGAUAUUACAGCUUGGAGACAUUCACAUACCUGCUGGUGUUAAAAGCCAAAUGGCCUGACCGCAUCACGCUUUUAAGAGGAAACCACGAAAGCAGACAAAUAACCCAAGUAUAUGGCUUUUAUGAUGAAUGCCAAACCAAAUAUGGAAAUGCCAAUGCCUGGCGCUACUGUACCAAAGUGUUUGAUAUGUUAACAGUUGCAGCGCUGAUGGAUGAGCAGAUUCUGUGUGUUCAUGGGGGCCUCUCCCCAGACAUAAAGACCCUGGACCAAAUCAGAACCAUUGAGCGGAACCAGGAGAUCCCCCACAAGGGAGCAUUCUGUGACCUUGUCUGGUCAGACCCCGAGGACGUCGACACCUGGGCCAUCAGCCCCAGGGGAGCUGGGUGGCUGUUUGGUGCAAAGGUCACCAAUGAGUUUGUUCACAUCAACAACUUGACGUUGAUCUGUCGGGCACAUCAACUAGUCCACGAAGGUUACAAGUUCAUGUUUGAUGAGAAGCUGGUCACGGUCUGGUCAGCUCCUAACUACUGCUAUCGCUGUGGCAACAUUGCCUCCAUCAUGGUCUUCAAAGACGCCAAUACAAGGGAGCCCAAACUGUUCCGGGCGGUGCCCGACUCGGAGAGAGUAAUUCCACCCAGAACAACGACACCAUAUUUCCUGUAAACACUGCACUAACUAUCAUCAUCUUUGGCCGCACUGUUAUCAAGCACCACAUUUGUAAUGCAUCACAUGCAGUGGAGCGACAACAACUCCCGUUGAAGUGACACUACUGAUUAUGUCAUUCAUAUUUUACCAGUGGAGGCUGCUGAGGGAAGGACGGUUCAUAAGAAUGGCUGGAAUGGA